AUGCUGCUGUGGUUUCUGGUCUUCCUUGUGCCAGCUCUCUCAGCCUGGGGUGAUUCCUCCUGGGCUGAAUCAGAAGCUAAACACAGGUCAGAGGAGAUUCAGGACCUGUUCGACAACCUCUCUGAGCUCAGGGAAAAACACUGCCCCACAGACAUCUCCAACAUGGUAUCUCUCGAGAACUGGGCUGAGGAGGCCCUGAACUGCAGCUCCCCGCUGGCCAGACCUGUGCAUUUCCUUGUCACGCACCACAUCCCCGGGCUGGAGUGCGACAACCAGGCCUCGUGCAGUCAGAGGUUGCGAGAGCUGCAGGUUUACCAUGUGCACAACAACAGCUGGUGUGGCGUGGCCUACAACUUCCUGGUUGGAAAUGACGGCAGGGUGUAUGAAGGUGUCGGCUGGAACGUCCAAGGCGCACACACCCAGGGCUACAAUAACAUCUCCCUGGGCUUUGCUUUCUUUGGCACCAAGGAAGGCCACAGUCCCAGCCCGGCAGCUCUGUCGGCCAUGGAGGGCCUGAUCUCCCGCUCUAUUCUGAAAGGUCACCUGUCACCCUUAUUCCAUCAGCCACUUCUUGUGAAAGGCGAGAACUGCCUGGCUCCAAAGCAGGAGAUGAGUCCCAAGAAAGUGUGCCCCAACAUCAUUCCGCGAUCUGCUUGGGGGGCCAGAGAGACCGAUUGCCCCAAGUUGAUGCUCCCGGCCAAGUAUGCCAUCAUCAUCCAAACUGCCGGGAGAACCUGCAACAUGUCCGAUGAGUGCCGCCUGCUGGCUCAGGAUAUCCAGUCCCUCUUAAUGGACAAAUACGGCACCUGUGACACCAGCUACAACUUCCUUGUGGGCCAGGAUGGUGCCGUUUAUGAAGGAGUGGGCUGGAACAUCCAAGGCUUUCACACAGAUGGCUACAAUGACAUUUCCCUGGGCAUUGCCUUCAUGGGCACCUUCUCAGGUGCUGCUCCCAAUGCUGCAGCACUGGAGGCCGCCCAGAUCCUGAUCCAGUGUGCAGUGCUCAAAGGAUAUCUGAUUCCCAGCUAUCUGCUGGUGGGACAGAGUGAUUUGAUCAACACUUUGUCUCCUGGGCAGGCUCUGUACAACAUCAUUAAGUCCUGGCCACACUUCAAACACUGA